UAUUUAAAAUUUGGUUUUCUUCCAUCAAAGGCAGAUAAGCGAUUGCCCAUAUGCCUUUUAUGCAACAAACUUUUGAGCAAUGACUCUAUGAAACCAUCGAAGCUCGAAGAUCAUCUAAGAAGGUGUCAUCUCGAUAAAGUAGCGAAAUCUGGAAAACCGCACACCAUCGGAGAACAAUUAAUUUUACCCGUUGUUGAAGAGGUUUUGAAAACUGUUCUGCACAAAUCUCCAUUUGACAUACUCAAAAGAAUUCCUUUGAGUAACAACACUGUACAAAGACGUAUUGAUGAAAUGAGCUCUGAUAUUGAAAGUUUCUUGUGUAAUUAUCUGCAAACAACUCAUUUUUCUAUACAAUUGGACGAGUCAACUCUAUCUGGUAAUGAAGCAUUACUAUUGGCUCAUGUUCGAUUUGUUAUGGACGAAGAAAUGCAUGAAGAGCUACUCUUCGCGAAAAAAUUGGAGACGGACACUAAAGGUGAAUCAAUAUUCAAUAUCCUGAGUGAUUUUUUUAGGGAAAAAUCGAUACCAUUCACAAACGUUAUUUCGGUGGCAACAGAUGGAGCUCCUGCCAUGGUCGGGCGAUAUCGUGGGUUUAUAAGCCAUCUUAAAAGAAUUGUACCAGAGGUAAUUGCAAUUCACUGUGUCAUCCACCGACAACACCUCGUAGCAAAAAAUUUGUGUGGCAGAUUGCACCAAUCGCUUCAAUUUGUGAUUAAUGCAGUUAACAAAAUAAGAAGCAAUGCAUUGAAUACGCGUUUAUUUGCACAAUUGUGCGAUGAAAAUGAUGAAGAUUUUCGACGAUUGCUCUUACAUACUGAAGUACGCUGGUUAUCGAAAGGUGCAUGUUUAACAAGAUUUUACUUACUUUUUGAAUCUGUUCUAGAGUUUUUGGAUAGUAAAGAUUCAGAUUUAAAAAAAAACCUGAUCAAUUCGAAAGCAGACAUCGCGUAUUUGACAGAUUUGUUCAAAAAAUUCAAUGACCUCAACUUACAAUUACAAGGGGAUAGCCUCAAUUUAAUAAAAACAAAGGGUGCAGUCUCAGCUUUUCUUGGAAAAUUGAAAUUUAUGAAGCAAAAUAUUAGUCGGCGGGAAUUUUCUCAAACUUGUCACAGGUAGAACGCCUUGAUGAUGAUAUUCAGACAUACGUUCAACAUUUAAUUGCCCUGCAUGAUGACUUUAAAAUCAGAUUUGAAGAUAUCUUGACAAUGGAAAUACCACCAUGGAUCAUAAAUCCAUUUGAUGAA